CGCCGAGUCGCAAGCAUCGUUUUUAUCUCAGUUUGCGAACGGUUAACGCAACGAUUUCGGAACUUUGCUACUUGACUCACUAAACGUAUAUUUUGUCAAAACUUUAUUUUGCAGUAGAAGAGCAGCCUGUAUACACGUAUCAACUUUAUCUGUGAGUAGUUCGGGUGUUCAUAUAGUUUUUCGAGAGUGAAUACUAACUGGGGAAUCUUUAUAAUUAACGUGGCGAUUUUACUGUAAAUGAGGAGAUUCCACUUUGUCGCACAAUAUUAAGUAUCAUCUUGUUAUUACAACUGUACUUAGUGCUUUGAUAUAUUCAGUGACUCUAAAGUAUUUAGUAGACGUUGAAUAUCAGAAUGUCUGACGUGGAUAGUUAACGGGAUGAUGUCGUGACUAUGAAUGGAAACACUGGAACAGGCGAGGCCAGACUGGCCAAUCACCAAACGAAGUUUCUGCUUCUGUUUGUCUUGGCACAAUUUUUGAUUCAGCUCGGCGGUUUUAUUUAUCUUUAUUCUUACGUGGGACGAAUCGAAUCUAAUGUACGGGUGGCCGGAAGUGCAAGUGCUUGUGGCAAGUAUCCGGAGGUCGAAGGAGUUGUACGGCAGAAGCGUAGCAGUUCACUUCCGGCAGCGGAGGAUAAUGCUGUUCUCGAAGUUCUCAGGAUUCGAGAGGACAAGGAACUCUCGAAGAACUCGAAGAAGAUGAUGAUCAUGACUACGUCGGUUCCCGGCGAAGACGCGUCGACUCCUGGUUCUCAAGACUGGGUAUGGUUGACGGGUGACACUCGUAUUCCUUUCAAUGCGAUCCAAGAUUUUUGCCGAUCGUCCCGCGAUUACUGCCCGCCCGGUCUACCGGGAGUACCCGGGCUUGUGGGUCCUCGGGGAAUCCCUGGCCUUCCGGGGAUACCCGGGCCCGUGGGCCCGACUGGCUUUCCCGGACGUCCGGGCGUGCCGGGACCGAAGGGCGAGGCAGGGGCACGUGGUCUCGACGGAAGAGACGGUGUACCAGGAGAACCAGGACUCGAUGGAAUACCCGGAAGAAGCGGCCUAGACGGAAUUCCGGGUUUAGACGGAAUGCCGGGACGCAAUGGGAUACCUGGAAAACCUGGAACAAAUGGGACGGAUGGUAAACCUGGACUCAGAGGACCCGUGGGACCUCCAGGACCUCAAGGACCUCGCGGUCCGACCGGAUCGCGAGGCCGUGCUGGCACUGCGGGUCAAGAUGGGAAGCCAGGAACUCCUGGAAUUCCUGGAAUUGUUGCCUGGAAGAUCAAAAGCAACGACACGUCUGUCGACACAUUGUUGAUAUCACCCUCCAUCCUUGGGGAUGGUCGAUCCAACGGUUUGAUCGCGGUACAAGAGGGCGCCAAUGUCAGACUACGAUGCGCUGCCAGUGGCAAUCCACGUCCCAUUAUUCAAUGGUCAAGGACCGAUGGCUUACCAAUUCCCAUAGGUUCGUUCUACGCAAACUCUGUUACCGAAAAUACCCUAAAUAUCACAGUGGUCAACAGAGAGCACAUGGGCGAAUAUAUUUGCAUAGCAGACAACGGCGUGCCACCCAGAGCGACGCGGGCGUUCAAACUGGAGGUGAACUUUCCACCAUUUAUUAGAAUACGCAAUCAAGUAAUACGAGUCGGAAAUCAAGAAACGGCUGUAUUGGAAUGCGAAGUGGAGGCUUUUCCCGAACCGAUCACUUAUUGGGAAAAAGGUGAAGUCGGACGUAUCUUAGAUAAAUCUGAAAAAUAUCGUAUGGAAGUGUACGACAGGCGCAACGCAUAUAAGAUGAAAAUGAGAAUGAAUAUAACACGUAUAAAUUCAGCGGAUCACGGUAUCUAUCAUUGCAUUGCGAAAAACGAGAUCGACACUACGAAGGGUGCACUUAUAGUGAACGAUGAGUCAGUGGAGGCCAUGAAAAAGAUUAACGGUGUACAGCAAGAGGUCUUUUAUGGAGAACGACCUCCGGCUAAAGUUGACCUGCAAGACAUAUGUCCACCUCAACAAUCGUGCGAGGCCUGCCCAAAUUUGAAAUGUACCUUUUCUGAUUUCGGCGGCAAACUGGACAUUCGACCUUUGAACAGUAAAUUUAAUUAUACCGGAUUGCCACCCAGAAUUGCCGAGGGGGUACUUGAGGCCGUGGGAAAGCCAGUGCUCAAGGGGAACAUGGACGAUUUUUACGGCUCGUGGCUGCACGACGCGUCACCUAGGUCUGAGGCUGCAGCCGAGAAACUUUGGGUCACCAGAAGUAACAACACCUCGUAUAUCUUUGAAUAUUCCCGAAAGGAGGACUUCAAAGAGAACAAGGACAAAUAUAGGCAAAUUCGAUUGCCGUAUAAAUUCCAGGGAAAUGGUCACGUCGUCAACAAUGGUUCGUUCUUCUAUAAUCCCGAGGGACGCGCUUCUGUGAUGCGCUUCGACUUGCAUUCACCCCAAGGUUCGGUAAACUCUGGCAAUCCCAACAGAAUGGAAUUGCCACUUCCGGGACUCCACGUCAACAAUAGCAGUAACUAUCUGUAUACGCCGGGGCAUAAUUUCAACUUUGUGGAUUUUGACGUGGACGAGAAUGGAUUAUGGGUCAUCUAUGGUCUCCCACCAAAAAAUACAGUAGUCAUGAAAGUAGAUGCAGUUACUAUGCUACCGCAGUACGCCUGGAACAUCAGCGUGGAUCAUCAUGAAUUUGGAGAAAUGUUUAUUGCCUCUGGCGUUUUAUAUGGUGUAAACAGCGUUACGGAUCGAAUAAUGAAAAUACGAUUGGCACUGGACCUCUACAAGGGUAUUGUACUCGAUGUAAUUCUGUCGUUUACUAAUCCGUUCAGACGCACCACGAUGAUAGGCUACAAUCACAGAACAAAGGAACUUUACACGUCGGACAAAGGAUGUCAGUUAGCCUAUCCAGUGAGGUAUCAAGACUUCGGCUAUAUUAACAACACCAAAGAAGAUACUAAGGAAAUGGACGGUAUUGCCGAAAAUCUUACAGGAUACGAGGUCUACAAUAACAGAUCGCGUUAUGAUCUUCGAAACGAGAACUAGUGAUAAGAAAUCUUUUUAAAAUGAACUUGAAUAGUCCAUGUUUUUUUCUUGUCAAAUCAUAAUAUCUCGCGAAUUGGACAUUUCACGAUUAUAAUCUCUAAAAGAAUUUUUCUCAAGACCGUCUACUCCAUGGAUUCUCGAUAUUCGCAGCAAGAGUAAGGAGGGAGUAAGAGGUGGGGGAUGGAAUCGAUAAUCGUCUCAUAUCAUUAUCAUCCUGUCACAGCGACAUCGAAUAUAUUGUUUACGACGACGUCACAGAGAGGAUAAUUAUUUCCUGCGAAAUACUAUAUACAUAUAUGUACCGUAUACUUACUCGUCUUACGGUGAGAUAUUUUUUACAGAAGACUCGUAUAACAGGAAAGUGAAAUAAAAACUUAGAGCGGCUUUGGGAAUACGGCAAAAAUUUUAUGAUAAUUGCGGAGAUCGAAAGAAGGGCAAAUUGUUAUUUUACUAAAUGUGUACAUAAAUUCGAUACCUUGCGCUCCUUGUCAGGUGACUCAAGUUCGGCUUUGACGUGCGCCAUUCCUUAAGCCAUUUGUAUACACGCGCGGAAUAUUCCGCGCGCCACGACUGUCUUCUGAACGUCGCUGAUUCCUGCAAACGGGACCUUAAAUAGGUUCAUGACACAAAUGGGUUAAUUGAUAAUUUGGAUGAAUCCUUCUCCUAGGGAAGGAAGGGAAGGUCGCGAAAAAAACAACAGGAAAAUUGAUUCUCGAUGUGUAAGGAAAUUCUUUCGGCAUAGGUUGAAUCUUGAUGAAAUUUUAUUGUAUCUAUGUAGUAGGACACACUUUUUAUAAUAAAGGAAUUUACUUGUCAAUUAAAAGAAAUAUUAU